ACACUCUCUGAUUUUUUUACAAGUCGGCGUUUCAUAACCUGAGAUGCAAAGCUGCAUUUAAUGUCACUUCUAUCCUGUUUUUCAUCAAUGGAUACCUCACUAUGCUAUCGUCGAUAAUUAAUUGAUUGAAUAUUGUCAUUUUAACAGCAAAACAAAAUACACAACUGUCAGCAAAAUUAUGACAAUUCAUAAUUUAUAUAUAUUUUCCAAAAAUGGAACAUUACUGUAUUAUGCAGAAUGGAAUAGGUUGAAUAAAUCUGGAAUCACAAAAGGAGAGGAAGCAAAAUUAAUGUAUGGGAUGUUAUUUUCUAUAAAAUCAUUUGUAAGUAAAAUAUCACCAUUGGAUCCAAAAGAAGGAUUUUUAUAUUAUAAAACUAGUAAAUAUACAUUGCAUUAUUUGGAAACUCCGUCUGGAUUAAAAUUUGUGUUAAACACUGAUAAUGUUACACAAAAUGCUAGAGAAUUAUUACAACAACUAUAUAGAGAGGUCUAUUUAGAAUAUGUUGUGAAAAAUCCUCUAUGUCAAUUAAAUGAACCUAUUCAAAGUGAACUGUUUAAACUACAUGUUGAUAAAUUAUUUACAGGAUCUCCAUUCUUUGGUAGAUCAAUGUAAAAUUUUUUAUAUUAUAUUAAUAAGUAUAAUAUACUUGAAUAUAAAAAUGUUUAGUGAUAUUAUAUAAAUUUAAUUUCAUAUUACACGCAAUUAUUUGUUAUUAACAACUAGUUAAUACUAGUAUACAUUAAUGGAAGUGCAAAAAACUAAAUAAAAAUAUCAUAUACCAUAAAAAUAUUCUUAUAAUUUAAAUGAAUAUACAACUUACAUUACAUUUUGUUAUAUUUACGAAUUUACAUUUAUCAUAACAGAAACAACUAUUUAAACAAUAUAUUUUUGUAAUACACUGAAAAAUAUACAAUAACUAGUAGAAUUUGAAGAAAUUAAUACUUGUAAAAGCAUAAGUUACUUUUGUAGAUUCCUUUAAAUUAUUUGUAUUAACAUAUUAAUGUAUUAAAAUUGCACCGCUUUUUUGUAUCAACGAAAUGUACUUUUUAAUUUAUAUAUUUAAAUUAUUAUUUAAAAUACGUAAAAAUAUUGGUAAAAAUGCAUACUUUUAAAAAUGUUCCUACAUUAAACUUGCCUUUUUAUAUAUGUAUAUAUUUCGUACCACAUACCAGUACUCUAGGACAUACUUGUAGGAAUAUGCCUUAUUUAACUAAAACAUUUAUUAUUAUUAAUAUAUGAAGAUUAUAUGGCAGCUUAUGUCAUAUUUCACAAUUCGGUUUUUUAGGUCCAUGUAUCCAUCUUUUUUUACAUAUAUAAUGUCUUUCAUACAAUUCUCGUCCGGACGUAUGACAUUAGCUUAUCCAAAUAUUAGCAAAGUUAUUAGUUACACACAAAAAACAUAUAUACUGGGACAUUAAUUUUACACAAUUAUAUACACAUAUUUAAGUUCUGCAGAACUUAGAAUAAAAAAUAUACGAAAGGCAAAAUUGUUAAAAAAUGAUUACGAUGUUCCUUACACUGAUCGUUAAUGAUUUAUGUUUAACAUUACAUAAAUGUAAAUAUCUAUAUCGGCAAGAAAUCAAAGCUUUUGACAUGCCUAACAAAGCACCCGAUAUUAACACAUAUAAUUCAGUGAGAUUAAUAAUAAAUAAAUAUAAACUGAAGAUAAUAAACUA